GCUGCCCUCUCCACCCCUACCCAACCAAGGGGGCUAUAGCACUCCCUCCCCAAAGAGGCAUGCAUGAGGGCAUCUCAUGGCACUGUCUUCAGGGAUGGCCCUCUGGGCUCUUCCUCAGGAUCCUGGAAGUUGCCCUUCCCUUCUCCCAUCUGAUGUGGCACAUCAGGAUCUCUCUCAGGGCUGGGGCAUUUGGUUCCCCCCAGUCUAGGAUGGCACCUGUUAAGAGGAAAGCUGCUUUUGGCAACCCCCUGCUCUGGAGCACCCACAGCCGUGAAGCUACCUCAGCAUCGUAAGUGGGCCCGAGCGAGACCUGGGUGCCUGUGAGUGACACACGGGCAUCUCUUGGGGCCCCCCAUGGCCUGGUCUGGGGACCAAUGGGAUGGAGCCCCAGCAAAAUGGAACUGGCAAUCUGAGUGAGCGUGUGCCUGCCAGCCUUCCCUACUCGCCUCUGGCCACAGCGCUCAUCCUGAUGGCGGUGCUGACAGUGGCCCUCGUGACGCUCAUGGGGAAUGUGUUGGUGGUGCUGGCUGUCUACACCAGCCGGGCUCUCCGGGCCCCACAGAACCUCUUCUUGGUGUCUCUGGCUGCGGCGGACAUCCUGGUAGCCACCCUCAUCAUCCCCUUCUCCUUGGCCAACGAGAUCAUGGACUACUGGUGCUUUGGCAACCUUUGGUGCCGGCUCUACCUAUCACUGGAUGUGCUCUUCUGUACAGCCUCCAUCAUGCAUCUCUGCGCCAUCAGCCUGGAUCGAUACUGGGCAGUCACCCGAGCUGCCCGGUACAACCUCAAAAGGAGCCCCCGGAGGGUCAAGGGCAUGAUUGCGGCCGUCUGGGCCAUUGCCGCCUUUGUCUCCCUGCCACCCCUUUUCAAGUCCACACACGAGGACCAGGUGUGCUUGCUGCACGAUGACACCUGGUACGUCCUGGCCUCCUGCACAGCCUCCUUCUACGCCCCCUGCCUCAUCAUGGUGGCUGUCUACUGCCGAAUCUACCAUGUGGCCAAGCACAGGAACUCGGUGGUCAUUGCAGCAAGACGCAUGUCCUACCCCAACCUCAUCUCUGUGGCUAAGUGUGAUGCCAGCAGAGUGAGCAUCCAGCAGCACUCCGGGGAAGUGCAGAGUGCAGUCCUGGAACAUAGCCAGCUUGCCCACGCCCAGCCAGGCUUGCCUCGGCUCUCUCGCCAAUGGAGGGUGGAAGAGCUGGGGAACAGUGGGGCCAGGCUCCGUAGGGCCCCCCGGCUCUCUUGGUCCAUGUCCUCCAGCCAGCAGCACCGUAGAAGCCGGGACAUGUCCGUCUCCACCAACCGGCUGAUGCAGGCCCGGGAGCGCAGGUUCACCUUUGCCCUGGCUUUCAUCAUUGGGGCGUUUGUGCUCUGCUGGUUCCCAUUCUUCUUCACGUAUAGCCUUGAAUCUGUGCUUGGGAAGGAUUGCUGCAUCUCCAAGCCUCUCUUCAAAUUCUUUUUCUGGAUCGGUUACUGCAAUAGCAGUUUCAACCCCAUCAUUUAUACUGUCUUCAACCGGGACUUCCGCCGAGCCUUCCAGCACCUUCUGUCCCGGGCUGACCCACUUACGUGUGGAAAAUGAGAAUCCUGCCAGAGGAUUGGUGAAGUGUGGGUGUGAGAGAAAGACAUACAGUGGUGCACAGGAGACUGGGGGGCCUGGGGUUGUAAAGCAGGUAAUUGAUGGAUGCUGGCUGAUAACUGAAUAUUUUUGCUGCCAGUUAUACCAGCAAACAUCCAACAAAGCUGGAGUAAUGUGCCAGUGACAUAAGUGUGCCAAGUGAUACACAUAGCUUAUUUGGCCUGCCAUGUGUACCAGGUAAUAUGCCAGGUUUAUUUGGUCUGGCAGUGGCCUAGAAUCCAGUUUACACACCUGUCUGUCUCUCCAGAAAAAAACUGGCAUGGUGGUUGGGGAGAUGGGGCACAAAACCCAUUUUUUUCACUUGUGGCAGAAUAAUCACAAAGUUUUGUCAUUCCUGCUAUAAAAGCAAACGGGGUAAGUGUUCUCCUCUCUGCUGCUUUGGCUUAGGGGUUUAAGUUACAUUGUUCACACUCAGAGAUCAGUGUAAAUCCAUGUUCCUGAAAUGUUCUUGCCCCUGGGAGCUUCACACCAUUUCUUUGUCAGAAUGCUCUGUAUGCAGGGGGGAGAUGGCUAAGGACUGUGGAAGCAAAAAAAUUAAAUGCAGUGACUUGUUUCUGUGCUGGGACUAAAGAUCUCAAUUGCUUCUCCUCCUCCAAAUAUAUCAUUCCACAGUUACAGUGGCAUUUUGUUUGGCUCUUCAGCUAAAGCAAGAACAUUCCAAAAUUCACACAUGUCUUCAUAAACAGGACAGAAAAGAUUGGAAGUUUGAAAAGAAAUUGAAUGAGGGAGAAAGCAGAACUGAAAGAUUCACUCAAUCUUUCGAGGGAACUGUGGGCGUAUGAAGAAUAUAAAAAGUGCCUUUCUAGGUCAGACGGAAGGUCUGGGUGAUUCACUAUCAUUAGCUCUGGGAAAUUCACAAAGAACACAUGGUGGAUAUAUAGCCAUGAUACCCUCUUUUUUGAUCUCAGUGCCUCAUAGCCAGAGGCAUACUGACUCUGAACAUGAUUUCUGUGUCACCUUUAGGCCUGAAGUGCUGGAUUUGUGGCCCACACCCUUUUCAGAGAAAGCAGCAAUACAGGGAGACUUGGCAAAAGUCAUUCAUUUCACCGAGGGCACUGGGUGCAGGAGCAGAAAACAAAGACUUGAACAAGAGGCUGGUCAGCCCAUCACUGUGAUUUUGAAAAACAGGAGAAGGCUGGUGGAAAGUGGUGUUUUCCUUGGGAGCAGAUUUCCUGCAGGGACUAGGGUGGUGCUGGGCAAAAACCAUUCUGUUCGUUAUUUAUUCAGUCCAUCCCUUGUUUCAGGGACUAAGUGCUUGGCUUUCGGGGUAUCUGCCUUGUGUCUCUGCCUAGCCUGUUUCUUUGCAGAUUAGAGGGGAGCUGAGCAAAGCAAAAGGAAGACCAGACACAGAAUGAGUCAGCCAGCCAUCUGGCUUCAGGUCUGAGAAGCAUUGCCCCAGAUCCCACUGCUGGACAGAUGCCAGCAAAG